AUGGACGAAACAAGGUGGUUGUCUCCAGGUCGCCGUGAGUUUUCGUCUGAUUCAGACAGGUAUUCGACUACGUCGUCAGUUGUGGUGAACAAAACGAAAGAGGGCAUUGAGCCAGUGCUCCUCAAGGGCUCUGUGAAGACAUUGGAUGUGGACAAGCUGUUGGAGGAUGCUGCACUGCGACAUGAUAAUAGGAGUUCUGAUGAAGACGAGGAUGUGAAUGACGAUUUUCAGGAGGAGUCUGCCCUGGACUCAUUUCUCAGCAGUAUGGGACCAUCUCCACCUUCAUCUCCACCGAGAAAUUUGGAUCCGGGGAAGCUUUACGCGCUGUUGAACUUCAGCGGACCUGAUGCAGGCCAUAUCGAAUUGACAAAGGAUGACCCUGUUGAACUGCUGAAUGAUGAAGACAGCUAUUGGUGGCUAGUUCGGAAGUUGAAUUCAAACGAGAGCCAGGACGAUGUGAUUGGCUUUGCCCCAGCAGAGAUACUGGAGACUUAUGAAGAGAGGCUGGCUAGAUUGAAUUGCUGGAAGAACGAGAAUUUGGAAAGAAAUUUGAAAGAGAAUCCGAGCUUUCCGAUUGAAAAGGAGGAGGGCGAGCCUGAUGUUGCUCCUGAGCCAAUUACGCCCAGUGGGUCCAUCAAGCGAAAGAGUUCUUUGCGCAAAUCCCGCCGGAGCUUACUCAACUCGACUCCGAAGAAUGUGUCUUUCGCCGAAAAAUUCGAAACAGAAGAUGAAAAGAGCGAAGUAUUUAGCGAAGCGUAUUCAGAUUGUGUUCCUCUCCAAAUACAGAAGAGAGGCAAACGUUUGGGAUUCAAAAACAUGGAGAAUUUCACCGAAGAAGAUGACGAUGACGAUGAUUAUGAGCCUGAGGUGAGUCGACUGAGUCAGUAUAGUCAUGAGGACAAUGAUGAGACCAUUGUAGCUACUUCUGAUCAGGAGAGGGAUGACAUUCCAUCUGACAUGCAUUUUACAGAAGACGAGGAUGAAGACGAAGACCAGGGGAACAUCGAUCAGUACGAGGCCCCCCGUAUUUUCAGGGCAAGAAAGGCGUGGGAUUUGAAUAGAAGGCCAUCUGUCGGUUCAUUGGAAUCCGAUGCCUCGGAUUUGGUUCCUAGGUUUGAGAAAUCGUCGAUAUUCAUGGCCCCAAAUGCAAGGUUCAAAACUGCUACGCAGGAGUCAAUAGGCUCCUAUUCCCCAGACUCUAGUGAAUGUUCGCCAGAAACAACACCGCCAAUGAAUACGUUCCAAACGAGGCAGAUGAAGUCAAUGCGGAUCAAGGAAGAUAAGCUGCGCGAUAUCCAGAAACGAGCUCAGAUACCGUUAUCUGGAAGAACGCUUGAUAUCGCUUCUACUUUCGGAGAAACUUCUAUUGUGACAACGCCCUGCUCAGAUGAGGAUGACACUAAUGAUUCAGAUGCGAAGGAAUGUUCCAUCAUCUCGAAUACUGCAUCGUCAUCUUCGUCACUGCCCAUGAAUAGCUCUACUCCGGCCACAAGUUCCUCGUUUGUGACUCCUUCAGUGGACGAUUACGCCAAGCCAGAACCCAUUAGAGAAGGAGAUAUUAUCCCCAAGGAGUAUACCUCUUCUUCAGGAGAGAGUGAAACGACUCUUCCUUGCAUCAAGCAGUCCCAACCUGACUCGCUACAUCCUACUACUGCUCGCAUCUUCAACCCGGUUUUCUCCCAGCUGGAUGAGCUGGAGAAGAUGUUGCGGGAAUUGCUUGAAUGA